AUGAAUGCUGAUGAGUUAGAGGCUCUUUCAUCUAGUGCUGCGUCAAAAACUGGCGUCAAUCUUAAAGAACAAGCAGCUGAAGCUGGACAUCGUGGACCGUUAACUACUUUCUUUGCUAACCGUGUUCACAGAAAUCUUCAUUUUGCUAUCAUUCUUGAUAUAGAUGAUAUUGAUCUAUUCAGUGAUCGACUACAAUCGAAUCCUUCAUUCUGUAAAUAUUGUUCUGUUCAAUGGAUGGACAGUUGGUCUAAAAUUAGCUUACUUGAAAUACCUAAUCUACUGAUACCAAAGUCCUGUAUACCUAAAGCUAAGAAUAGCUUUGCUCAGGCAUGUGUUAACUUACAUAUUUCGGCACCAUACCCUCAUAUGAUGGUGCCUACUCCACGUCAUUUUACUACUUUGUGCUCCACUUAUUCUCGAGUUGAACAGAGUCAUCGAAAGAAGUUAGAAUCUGAAGCUGCUAGGCUAAGAAGUGGCUUGUCAACAUUAAAAGAAGCACGUGAACGUGUUAGUGAUCUGAAGAAGCAUGCAACUGAACAAGGUGAACUACUAGGACAAAAGCAAGCUGAAGCUGAUAAAGCAUUAGAACAGAUAAGUGCUGCAAUACAGGGUGCAGCUGAACAAAGAACAGAAAUGGAAAGGUUACGUAAUCAAACAGCAGAUGAAUCUAAGCAUUUGGAAUGUAGAAAACUGGCAAUUGAUUCAGAGUUAGCAGAAAUCGAGCCAUUAGUUCAACAAGCCAGAGCUGCAGUUGGAAGUAUUAAAUCAGAAGCUCUAUCAGAAAUUCGUGCACUUCGUGCACCACCAGAUAUUAUUCGUGUUAUACUAGAAGGUGUUCUGCUACUUAUGGGUAUACGUGAUACAUCAUGGGUUAGUAUGCGAGGCUUCUUGGCUAAAAGAGGAGUUCAAGAAGAAAUUUUGAAUUUCGAUGCCAGAAACAUUACACCAGAUUUACGAGCUAGCGUCGAACAAUUGUUAACUAAAAACCAAGAAUCCUUUGAGCCUCGGGUUGCUAGACGUGCAUCUGUUGCAGCUGCCCCAUUGGCCACUUGGGUACGUGCUAACGUACAAUAUGCAAGUGUAUUAGAACGUAUAGCUCCAUUAGAAGCAGAACAUGCUAACCUCAAAACGUCAUUACUUCAAGCUGAAAACUCAUUAAGAAAUUUAGCUAACGAUUUGAGUAAUGUAGACUCGAAGGUUGCUAAGUUACGUAGUGUUUUUGAAAAGCGUACAGCUGAGGCUGCAAAUUUGAAAGUUGAACUAGAUCGAGCUAGAGAAACUUUAAUAUCAGCUGAAACACUAGUUGGAGAAUUAGAAAGUGAAGAAAUACGUUGGGAGAACCAAAUUUAUGAAUUAACUAUACAGCUGAAUAGUCUUGCCCGUUUGCACUUCUAG